GUUUCGAACCUAAUCGUCUAGUGAGAUUAAGCAAUCAAAAACACAUGAUCUUUCUAAUCACAAGGUCUUCUAUAUUCUCUCGAAGAAUUUUGAGUAGUAUAAGUCUGUCGAGAUCUCGUUAUUACAGUUCGAUGGAUCUCAAAGACGUCGUGAAAAAGCUGCACGAGUUUGCGCCACUACAGCUAGCUGAAGAAUGGGACAACGUGGGCUUACUCGUCGAACCAUCCCGACCUCAUUUUGUAAAAUCACUUCUUCUUACUAACGAUUUAACUGAAAAAGUAGUACAAGAAGCUAUUGAAAAAGGAGUAAAUAUGGUUAUAUCCUAUCACCCGCCGAUAUUUAAGCCACUUAAACGUCUCACUUCAAAAACGUUCAAGGAAAGAAUUAUUGUGAAAAUGAUAGAGAAUAAAAUAGCUGUGUACUCUCCGCAUACAGCUUUUGAUGCGGUUAAAAAUGGCGUGAACGACUGGCUCGCUUCAGGUCUGGGAAGCGCAAAGGUGGAACCCCUUCAAUGUUCAAAAGGAUCUGGUUCUUGUCAGUACAAAGUUUUGACAAGUAUGUUGACCAAUCAGGAAGCAGAAAGUUUACUAAAGCUUCAAGACACCCUCAAAGGACUCGACGGAGUGGAACGGAUUGAGGUGGAGGCUGUAACUAAACCAGAGACAAUUUCCUUACAUUGCACUGAGACUGGCCUGGUCAAUGCUUUUCAGAUGUUGACUUCUCAGUUUCCUGAAACUGUUGGUAAAACAGAAGUGAUGCCUUUAGCUCAGAUUCCUCUUUUGGGAACUGGUCAAGGAAGACUCUGUACACUACAAACACCAGUUACUCUGUCAGAAUUGAUAAACCGCAUCAAAAACCACCUGAACCUUAAACAUGUUCGUCUUGCUGCGGCACAUUUAGGUAUGCCUGAACUAGCUGACCCCCAGCAAAGCCGUGUUCAGACUAUCGCAAUCUGUGCUGGGUCAGGAGCUGGUUUACUGCAAGGAACAAAGGCUGAUGUGUAUUUGACAGGAGAAAUGUCACAUCACGAAGUGCUAGAAGCAGUGUCAAAUGGAGUACAUGUGGUCUUGUGUGAACACAGUAACACAGAACGUGGUUUCUUACUGGAAUUUAAGACAAAAUUGAAUGGCUUGUUAGAAGAGAAGGUUAAUGUGUUGGUUUCUUCAUAUGAUGCAGAUCCACUUCAAGUGGUAUAGGAAGAAAAUUUCUUUUUGGAGACAAAGAACAGUUCUUUUGAUGUUCAUUGACCCUGUAGCUCCCAAGAUCUCAUUAGUAAUUCUUCUUACUGUCUGUCAUACAAUUCUUAGGAUUUUAGUUUGGAGAACUUGGUAUUGAAUCAACUAAACAAUCUCCUAAUUGAUAUUUUCCUUUAUUCUUAUCACUUGUCUACUUGACAUUUUAAGGAGAAAUUCUGUCUUGGUCAGUCAUGGGAGUUAAAUCCUCAAAUUGAUUGAAAACCAAACAGAUGCAAUGAGUGUACUCAUUGACCUCUUGGUUUUAAGGUUGACAACCGAAUUUAGUCCUUGAUGAGUACAAUUUAAUACUGAACUUUCUAAGAUGACAUUGGGCCAGUCUUGAACAUGUUCACUAAGCUUGAGAUGUAAGCAGUUAACCUGCAAAUGAAAAAUGCUCAAGCCUUUAUUUCUCUUGAAUUCUCUUGGAAAUUAAGUUUGGCUCAAUACUGUCGGCUUACUGUUGUUUUGGAAAACAUUCCAGCCUCCUUUAAAGGGCAGUGCAGGUGAAAUUGACAAGUAGACUAGGGCAAACAAAUAGAAAACAAUGAAAAAGCAGGUAAAUACAGUUGUUUAAGGGGAUUGUGUUAACGUGCUUAAAUAUGUGUCAGAUCCACUUAAGUUAUCAACGAUCAGUGAGAAGAAAGCUAUAAAAAAUAAGACAAAACCAAGUGAAACUUUGAAUAGCUUUAUUAAGUAUCAGAGCUAGUGAACUACUUUUUCACUUCAGCAGACAGUGUGCAAACUUUUAACGUUAGGAAAGCCCUAACAAAGAAAGUGAAGAAGCAAAAUUAUUUUAGAUACUUUUAACAAUAUAAUGAGCAAAUCUGAAUGACAAAAUAUGUAGCACAGGUGAAAAAAGUCUUAAAAGAUAUAAAAGUAGCAGAAAGCAUCUUUAAAGGUAUGUACUGUAAAAAGUACUAUCUGAAAAUUGGCUUUUGGCUUUGACUGUGGGCGAACCCGAGUUUUCGUUAUCUGUGAAUCAUGUCGAGGCAUUUAGCGACAACCACAAGCACUUGCAGUCAAGUCAAAAAUAGUCUUUCUCACCAAGUUGCCAUUGGCUUCUCUUUUUAAAACACCAAGUCCUUGAUAUUUGGUCGGAACGCAUUUACUCUGCACGAGAUUCGCACGAACUCCUGGGGACGAAAACACACGUCUCCGUUUGGCGAGCUCCAAGACGAACGCAUGUGGUGUGAUGUGUUUCGCAGAGGAGCUCAUGCUGUCAGCUACAUCACAUCGGCCAUAACACAAAGAGAAGUUGAUAAGGCCUUUAGGUCGAACAUACACGUUGGACAGGCCCAAUCGUGCAAAGGAGGUUCUGAAGCUAUGAAGUCGACAUUCUGUCGGGUACUGACCACUGCGGAGUUUGCCAUAGCGUCUCUUUGGCUUAUUACCAGUGGAGAUAGAUCUUGUAAACGUUGUUGAAAUACUCUUGAAAUAGGCCACGAGGAAAACGGGUCCAUUUUUCCACCACUCUUCAAAAUUUUUUAAUUCUUUCCGCGAGGUGUUUGUGAUGAUGAACUCAACUUUCACUUUACGAAGGCGUCUUUGUUCCUUCCACUGAUCCAAAAGCCUUGAUACGUCAUAAAGUUCUAUCGUCUUUGUUGUGUUUACAAGCAAAUCUUGUGUGUUGUAAGCCAGUCUAACUCCGUCCUCGUCAAGGACGUCAAAAGCGAAGAUAACGUUAUCUUUUGUGGGAAGUCUAAGAAAGGCCAGGUGAAGUUUUAACGUGUUCUCGAUGUCAAUGGCCGAGGUAUCAAAAUGGGUUGUGAACUUUAUUUUGUACUGAUCGUCAGUGUUGGUGUUUCGACGAAGAAAUCCUGAAAAAGAUGGGAUUUUUAACCCCAGGCUCUUGAUGAUCAAAUGAAAAAA